AUGUGGGGAACCGUAACACUGGCAGGUUUGAUUGAGCUUUACGGCAUUAUGAUUACGCAAGGUAUCGUGGUUGUGGCAUUUGGCAUACACUACUGUUUCACUGCCCCAGAUACCAGAUCGAGAUAUGUGCUCCUCCUACCGAUUCCCACUAUGAUCCUGAAUUCCAUCAUUGUAUACCUCAUCCACGCAUGCUGUUUGCUCUUAGCCAGCUGGAUCCAUGGACUUCAGCCAUUUGAUGUCUCAUUUUCCGAUGUGACAAGAACAUCCCCUAGCUCGAAUCGAGUUUUGAAGGAGCUUAGUGGAGCGGUCCUGAUUUUUGAAAUCCUCUUCUACUUUGGUCACCGACUGAUGCAUCGACCUCGACUGUAUAAACUCUUCCACGAGCGCUAUCAUCGUUUCGCAGAAGCGCAUUCACAGCAAGUCCCGUUUGCGCUUUUCUACACACAUCCCGUCCAAUCGUUAUUUACGUUUAGCCUCCCGAUCGUCGCGGCAGCUCUGCAACGGAGUCAUGUUUUCAGUCUUUGGUUAUCUGGGGCUCUUGCGAAUUUGACGAUGAUGUAUUUGCACACUGGGAAGGAUAUCUCAGGGAUCAUGUCCCAUGAACGUCAUAUCGUGCACCCAAAGUACAACUUUGGGGCUGUUGGUAUAUUGGAUUGGGCUUGUGGGACUCUAUAUGCUUCAAGGGGAUUCACUGGGUUGUUCCAAUCGAAGAAGCGAAGAUAG